UUGAAAGCAUUCAAAUAUUUUUAAGCUGCGUUUUUCUGGAGUUUUUACAGGUGGUUUAUUGACAUCAAAGUGUCUGAAAUCUAGAUCAUGCAGAUAGACAGACAUGACUGAGUACACCAGCCACUCUGCCGCCAACUCCUCCUAAGAAAUCAACCAGUCCUUUGUUUACAGAAGGUCACGACUGAAGCAAAGACCUCAUCUAAUAAGGAAAGUGGAAGAAUGCUAGGAGAAUGAUACGAGACUUAAUGCUGAAGUUUGUGAUAGCGUCAGUGAAGAUUGAUGCAUGUUAACUCAUGGUUCAUCGAUAGUUAAGAGUCGACAAUGGUUUGGGGUCAAUGGAUGACUGGCUAUGCUGUGAUACUGUGUGCAACACUGGCAAGUCUUUCAUUGGGCCAGUUUGUGGACAAGUUCAUCGAUAUUGACGCGUACAUCAAAUACAAUGACCUCAUAGACACAUCGACCAAUCAGCUUCGAGGUGCAGAGUCGGUUCUAGAAUUCCAAUUCCGUUAUUGUAAUGACUAUGGAAUGCUCUUAUACCAAGAUGGCGGCUCCAGUCCUGAGCAACAGACAUUGUUCUUUGCACUGGGUGUCAGCGCUAGAAAGCUCUAUUUAGAAUGGAAGGUCACAACUGAUUCGCUGGUAGAGCUUUACAUUGGAGAUGGUUCUUUCGAAGCGAACACAACCUACUCCGUUAUCAUCUAUAACCUUGGAUCACCACAAAUAAGGAGUGUCUUUGCAACCAUUAACGGAGUACAAACCACUGUGGAGUACCUCACACCAAUCUCACAGGGUCAACUGGACAUUUCUAAACUCAUGGGGGCAGUGUUUGUUGGCGGAUACCAAGAUGUCAACGACUUAAGAGUGAAUACAGAAAGACUGAAUGGGUAUCUUGUUACAUGUGUCAGCUACAUCAGGACUAGUCAGAAUAUAUUGAACUUUGACCUCGCUGAUGACCUUCAUGGGGUCAAAGAUGGUUGCCCAUUAGAUUUCUGUGCCCCACCUACUGUUAUUACUACUCGGACCAGUCAGGGUUUCCUGUCAAUAGAGCAUCCACUUACCCCAGGAACGAAGACUAUUCUAAGUUUGAGAUUCCGAACCAGAGCCUCAAGUGGAAUGAUAUUUUACUUGGGAGGACCGGCGUAUCUAACAGUCUACAUGGAUCAAGGACGACUGGUACUAGGCCUUAAUACAAAGGGAUCUGAGGCUGGUACGUUUGUCACAUCACCGGCCACCGGUUACAACGACGGUAACUGGAAAUAUAUACGGGUUACCAGGGAAGGAAGAGACGCAACAAUGUAUGAUGAGAUGGGUCGCCAGUUAGCUGCUGUUACUUAUUCUGGUGCAGCCCAAACACUGAAUGCAGCUGAGUUAUUGAUAGGAGGUCUACAAGAUCCUACCACUGUUCCUGAUCCGUUUCCUGCAGCAGCUCUUACAGCACUCAGAGGAUGUUAUGAAGGAUUGAGAUUUAUCUCCUACAGUAUUACACCGGAACCUCCGGAACUUAUCAACUUCAAAACUCAGAUGAGAGCUCAAAGGAAUAUCAGUCAUGACGGUUGUUUUCCUAACGAGGUUUGUGAGCCAGCCUGUUUGUCACCAUCGCAAAGCUGUGAUUUUGAUUGUUCGUGCGCGGCAGGGUUUCGUCGGGUUGCUCCAACACCCCUAACCUGUGUUAACAUUGAUGACUGUAGCCCUAAUCCAUGCGUGAAUGGUGCUACAUGUGUGGAUGGGAUACAGGAUUAUACAUGUCUAUGUACUGUUGAGUUUAAUAAGGGUAAAAACUGUUCCAUUGCCAAUAACUGCAUCCCCAACCUCUGUCUGAAUGGUGGUCAGUGUAAUGACUUUAUUGGAGGUUUUAACUGCUCUUGUGCUGCUGGGUAUGAGGGAACACUGUGUGGGAUGGAGGUUGAUGAAUGUGGCAGUAAUCCAUGCUAUAAUAAUGCUGUAUGUACGGAUAGAGUGGCUGGAUACACAUGUACAUGUCUGCCAGGAUUCAGCGGCAAUGACUGUGAAAUAGACAUCAAUGAGUGUGAAUCUAACCCAUGUUUUAAUGGUGCCACAUGUACUGACAAUGUCAACUCCUACAAUUGCUUCUGUGCAUCAGGAUGGAGAGGUCCACGUUGCAAUGUGAACAUCGAUGAGUGUCUAUCCACCCCAUGCUUCAAUGGAGCUACCUGUAACGACGCUAUUAACUUCUACACCUGUUCCUGUGCCCCAGGAUGGGAGGGGCCUCUCUGUAAUCUAGACAUCGAUGAAUGUGCUUUUGGGUACUGUAAGAAUGGUGCUGUCUGUACCCAUGGGAUUAAUCAAUACACCUGUUUUUGUCCUCCUGGGUGGACGGGAGCUAAUUGUGAUUUGGAUUAUGAUGAAUGUGCAUCUACACCUUGUCAGAAUCAAGCACUGUGUGUGAAUGGACGCAGCAGCUUUACAUGUCAGUGUGCUGCGGGAUUUGAGGGUCCACGGUGUUCAAUAAACAUCAAUGAGUGUUUCUCCUCGCCAUGUUUUAACGGUGGACAAUGUCAAGAUGGUAGUAACUCAUUUACUUGUAACUGUCCUGCUGCAUGGGAAGGCCCUCGUUGUCAGACUGAGGUCAAUGAGUGUCUAAGUAACCCAUGUAUCAAUGGUGGUACCUGCUCUGAUGCGUUGGGUUCGUUCAUCUGCACAUGCUUGCUCGGAUUCACUGGUCCCCGAUGUGAGGUUGACAUUGAUGAGUGUGUAAGUCAGCCAUGUUUGAAUGGAGGCUUAUGCAUUGAUGGCGUGAACGGAUACCGGUGUGUUUGUCAAGGAGGGUUUCUCGGUAUUCUUUGCUCCGUUGAAAUCAACGAAUGCGUCUCAUCACCUUGUUUUAAUGGAGGAUUUUGCAGUGACCAACUCAAUGGCUUUACGUGUACAUGUAUUGCCGGGUACCAGGGAGAUCGUUGUGAGAUGGAGAUAGAUGAGUGUGGGUCUGGGCCAUGUUUAAACGGAGCGCAGUGUGUCGAUCGUUUCAAUGGGUUUACAUGUCUCUGCGCAUCAGGCUACGAAGGUAUAUUCUGCCAGAGUCAAAUCAACGAAUGUCUUCCAGUUAAUAACUGCCAGAAUAACGCACUAUGUAUCGAUGGAUUGAAUAGCUAUACAUGUUCCUGUCCACCAGGAUGGGUAGGUGAAUUCUGUACCAUCAAUGUCGACGAUUGUAUGUCAUCACCCUGUCAGCAUGGUGGAGUUUGUAUUGAUCUGAUCAAUGCCUUCCGUUGUGAUUGUCCGAAUAACUUCCAAGGAGUUCUCUGUGAAGCUGAUGUAAAUGAAUGCCAAGCCCAACCAAGCCGUUGUGAUCCUUUACAUACAUUGUAUUGUAAUAAUACAUACGGAGAUUUCAACUGUAACUGCUUACAAGGUUUUUAUGGCAAACUAUGUGAUCAGAACAUUGAUGAAUGUUUAAGUCAGCCAUGUUUCUUUGGAGGUACAUGUCAAGAUCGAGAUAACGGAUAUGAAUGUUUAUGCCAAGAAGAUUUCAUUGGAGUUCAUUGUGAAGCCAUCGUCAGGGAAUGUAACUUUAAUCCAUGCGGAGAAAAUUCUGUCUGUGUUGAGAAACCUACAGGUGGACAUACUUGUUACUGUACUCCAGGUUACCAUGGUGACGUUUGCCAGUUUCAAAUUGUGGAAUGCGGAUCCAAUCCUUGUCAGAAUGGUGGAACAUGUGAUGAUGUCAUCAACGGAUUCCUAUGUACUUGUGCACCAGGUUUUGAGGGCACCUACUGUGAGAUUGAUAUUGAUGAAUGUGCUAGCUUCCCAUGUGGUAACAACGGUUACUGUCGUCAGCCACAGAUGAAUAUGUACGAAUGUAUGUGUCAGGCUGGAUAUAAUGGAACGAACUGUCAGAAUGACAUCAAUGAAUGUGAACAACUGAAUCUUUGUCAAUCUCAUCAAAUCUGCCGAGAUCUUGUAAAUGGAUUCAGGUGUGAUUGUCCUGAUGGUAUGGAAGGUCCACUGUGUGCAACACCCAUUGAUAGUUGUCUUAGUACUCCAUGUCUGAACGGAGCUGAUUGUGUAGAUGGUGACUUUCAGUAUAGCUGCAUCUGUACGUCAGGAUACCAAGGCACAAACUGUGAGAUCGAUAUUGAUGUAUGUGAUCCACAGCCAUGCUUUCAUGGAGGGACAUGCAGUAGGGUUAGAGGAGUGAUUCUGCCAUUCACUUGUAUCUGUGCCGAGGGAUUCACUGGUGAUCAGUGCGAGGGCGACAUUUAUGAUUGUCGGUCCGAUCCGUGUCAGAAUGAAGGGACCUGUGUUGAAUACACAGAUGGUACCAAUGGAUUCCGUUGUCAAUGUACCGACGAUUACGUUGGAUCUCUAUGUGAAAUAUUCAAUCAUGGAUGUCUAUCGGAUCCAUGUCUUAAUCUAGCCAGGUGUGAAAGCAUUGGAAGAGACUAUGAAUGCCACUGCUUGGAUGGAUGGUCUGGUACCCAAUGUCAGCAAGAUAUAAAUGAAUGUCUGAGUGGACCCUGCCUGAAUGGAGCUGUGUGUAUCAAUAGUCCAGCUGGAUCCUUCCAGUGUUUCUGUCAGGACUAUUGGACAGGGACAUUGUGUGAUGAAGACGUCGUAGAAUGUCAAGCAAUGCCACCACUGUGUCGUAAUGGAGGAGUGUGUAUUGAACAGGUUGGUGCUGCAGCAGAAUGCAAUUGUUCCAUUGGAUUCACCGGGGUACAUUGUGAGAAUGAAGUAGAUGAGUGUUCCUCGAUGCCUUGUUUCAACGGAGCUCAAUGCCAAGAUGUUGUAGCUGGAUACAUCUGUGAUUGUACACCAGGAUUUACAGGUGACCAGUGUCAGACUGAAAUUGAUGAGUGUAUCUCCAACCCAUGUCAGAAUAGCGGUCUCUGUAUUGAUCUUAUCAAUGGAUAUAAUUGUACAUGUCUAGCAGGCUUCAAUGGUACACACUGCCAGAACGAUACAGAUGAAUGUAGAUCCAACCCAUGUAAGAAUGGAGCUACUUGUCAGGAUGUUGUUGAUGGAUAUAUGUGUUUGUGUGCUGGAGGAUUCAAUGGUACUAUCUGUGAAGUGGAUAUUGAUGAAUGUGCAUCACAGCCUUGUUUAAAUGGAGGUACAUGUAGUAACUUAGUCAACGCGUAUAGCUGCGUCUGCCAAGAUGGUUUUACAGGUGUUUCAUGCGAGUCUGAUAUUGAUGAAUGUUCAUCCAACCCUUGCGUUAACGGACAAUGUUUCAAUUACAUUAAUUUCUACAAUUGUUCAUGCUCUGCUGGGUAUAAAGGUGAUAACUGUGAUGUAGAUGUUCAGGAAUGUUCCUCAAAUCCCUGUCUGAAUAAUGCAGAGUGCUUUGAACCAUCACUGGAUAUUUUUGAAUGUGUCUGCGCAAAAGGAACCUCUGGUCUUACCUGUGGCACAGUGGAACAGGCCAGCUUUUCAGGAAGUGGUGCAUUAGAGCUUCCUCCUUUGGCAGCCUACAUUGUCAAUACAGGGUUGGCAGGUAGGAGAAGACGCGCUAUUGCGCAGAUGUUGGUGACUUUCAAGUUUGUGACUACGAUCCCGUCAGGAGUCCUUAUGUACAAUGAAGGGGUCCAGGCUAACGGUUACGUAGAUCACCUUGCAGUGGAGCUCUACAAGGGCUCCCUCUACGUCUCACUGAAUGUCGGAUCUGAGACCUUAAAAGCAACUCUUAGUAGUGGACUCAACGAUGGUGAACCUCAUAAGGUUUCUAUUAGUAUUGUAAACCUUGUUGCUGGCAUAGCUAUAGAUGAUGGUCAAUGUGCGUCUCAAUGCGUGACUAGUCUAGCGCCCUCUGCUGGUGGAGGUCAGCUAGAAUUAAAUGGAGCACUCUAUGUUGGUGGUGUUGGACCUACUGCUACACCUUACAUGGUAUCAAAGUUGAAGACAACGGAUAAUUUUAUUGGUUGCUUAGAGAAUCUUCAAAUUGACAACCAGUUAAUCAAUCUUGGCCUUCCUCCCGAUUAUCCUGAUCAACUCUUAACACCCGGCUGUCCAUAUUCAAACAACUGCCUCCCCAAUCCAUGCCUCAAUAGCGCCCUCUGUGUUGAUGGUUGGUCCAACUACACCUGUGAGUGUCCUGUUGGAUUUACAGGUCGUAACUGCCAGAUACAGACAUUGGCAAGUUUUACACCGGGGAAGUUUUUACAUUUUGCCGAGGGUGUUGUUGCUGACGAUCCAAUCACAAGUGUACAGUUCUCAUUCAGCGCUGCUAUUGGUCAGUCUGGACUCAUUAUGUAUAUGCCAUCAGGUUUGUCCGUUGUACUUACUGAUCAACAUUCCGUCAAGGUGAUGUUUUUGGUUCUUGGAGGCGUGGCUUCAGCAGAGUCGGGAACGAACGUCUCCAAUGGCGACUGGUAUCAAGUUAGAUUAACCAUCAAUGGAUUCCAACUCACUUCAAUUGUGACCAAUGAGGAGACAGGGCAGGCGUAUACUGGAACCCUUUUAGCUCCGCCCUCUAUCCAGCUUAGCUUACCAAUGCUGUUUGGAAACUUACAUCAAAAUCCAGCAUUUGAGCCUCUCAGAGACACCUUGCCAGUUGUAGAAAGUUUCACAGGAUGCGUUAGAGACAUCUUCAUCAAUGAUGUACGGAUUCAACUACAAAUGUCAACUCCUUAUGAGAUGAACUUUGACCCUGAGUUGGCUGACCCUGGUUGUCCUCGUGAAGAGACAUGUUAUCCUGAGCCAUGUGCUAACGAGGGAGUAUGUGUUCCUGGCUGGAGUGGCUUCAAAUGUCAAUGCACUCGAGACUACUUUGGAUCAACCUGUGAAGAAGUGAGUGCUUCUACGUUUAUCGGAGUGGACAGUAGCUUGCGUGUCAUCAUCGACACACAGCUAGUCAGCUUUGGAGAUGAGUUUGGCAUCAGUUUCCGGACUCGUGACAUGUCAGGGGUCAUUAUGCUAAUUAGACUCUUCAGUCGGACUUACUCCAGGGUGGAUCAUAUCUUACUCAAGCUAGAUGAAACUACGAGGGAGCUACAGCUGGAGACCAAAUUCGGAACAACUGAGCAAGUUUUACCAAUCACAACCAACUCAUCCGAUUCUACCUGGCAACAGUUGUCAUGGGUGCGACAUCGCGGUAACAUCAUGGUUAACUAUAGAGGGCAGCAGAUAGUUCUUACAGGAGAUUUUCCGAUGCACUAUGAAGAUCGAAGUUCAACAGUUGAAGUGUGGAUAGGUGGACCUGAAGGAACUGGAUUUCAAGCUAGUGAGAAUCUCUUGGGUUGUGUUCGUAACAUCUACUUCAACAGUCAACGCAUCCACUACCUAUCCACAAACAUUCCUCAGCAAGGUGUAUCCACUAGUAGUCCCUAUGGACAGAUCACAGAUGGUUGUACUAGUGUGGAUGUCUGUGCAUCUAACCCAUGUCCAGUCAACUCAUUCUGUAAUGAUGAGUGGAAUUUAAUUGACUGUGUAUGUUUGGAGGGUUGGGAAGGUCAACAGUGUGAACAGAGCAUAGAUGACUGCCCUGGACAUAUGUGCGCUAAUGGAGCUACUUGUCAAGACGGCCAUUUAUCCUACACAUGUCUCUGCCCAGAUGGUCUGACUGGAGAAUUCUGCGACAUUGAAAUCAACGUCUGUGACACCAUGCCCUGUAACCCUAUGAAUACUAUAGACUGCGUACAUGUGUUCCCGCUCAACUAUACCUGUAACUGUAACCCAGGUUUUGAGGGAAAGAAUUGUAGUAUUGAUAACCGUUUAUGUACCCAAGCACCCUGCCAAAACAACGGCACAUGUACACAGACGACUGAUAAUGUGAUGUAUACGUGUACAUGUCCCGACUUCUAUGAAGGUGUGAACUGUGAGAUCUUCAACCCUUGUUUUCGUCACAGCUGUCUGAAUGGAGCUUUGUGUGUUGGGAAUGGGUCGGAGUACUCUUGUGUGUGCACUACUAGAUUCUACGGGGAGUUCUGCGAGUUUGUUGAUUCCUGUUUGCAAAACCCAUGUCUGAACGGUGCAACCUGCUCACGGGAUAUGAAUGAGUAUUCAUGUACUUGUACUGCUCAUUAUGAAGGUAUCAACUGUGAUGUGCCUAUUGAUCAAUGCGAGAUCAAUCAAUGCAUGAAUGGUGGAGUUUGCUUUCAUAAUCUCAACAUGCCAGAGGUUAACUUCACUUGUACCUGUGGUGACGGUUUCACGGGGACGUUGUGUGAGCUGGAGAUUAAUGAAUGUGAAUCUAGUCCAUGUAUGAAUGGUGGUGGAUGCGUGGAGACGCCAUACAUGGAAGAUAACUUCCCUGGUUAUAGGUGUCAAUGUAUAGCUGGAUAUACAGGUCUCUAUUGUGAAACUAACAUUGAUGAAUGUGCCAGCAAUCCCUGUGUGAACCAAGGAACAUGUGUGGAUGAAAUCAACAAGUAUAUGUGUCUGUGCUUGGACAUUUACAAUGGAACAAACUGUGACUUUGACUUGAGAACAUGUCAGCCGAGUUCCUGUCAGAACGAAGCUCAAUGUGAGAAUGUUGGCUUUGGAUUAGGGAUUAGAUGUAACUGCAAGCUUGGUUACGGUGGUGAGUUCUGCCAAGAAACUAUCAAUGCAUGUUACAGUAACCCGUGUCUUAAUAGUGGUUCAUGCAUGUACAUUGGACCGUGUGAUUGUCUGAUACUACCACAGGAGGCAAUUAGUUGCGAUUUGGAUGAAGUGUGCCAGAGGACGGUUUGUAGUCGAGUUUCAAGUUGUUCGAUUCGACAAGAAACGUUCGUUUGUAACUGCACAAAUACUAACUACGAAGGAUUCCUAUGUGAUCAAGAUAUUGAUGAAUGUGUCGUCGAUCCUGGUGCAUGUAACCAAGGGAUAUGUACCAACACACAAGGAUCCUAUGAGUGCAACUGCACGGGUACCGGUUCCACUGGUCCCAACUGUAACGAGGAUAUCAAUGAGUGUACAACAGACAAUCCAUGUAUGAACGGAGCACAAUGUAUUAAUAAUCAACCCUACUUCGAAUGUUCGUGUCUGGGCGGUUACCAAGGCUUAUUGUGUGAGGUAGACAUUAACGAAUGCAGUAGCAAUCCUUGUAAGAAUGGAGGCAACUGCACGGAUGAAAUCAAUGGUUUUACUUGUAACUGUAAUGGUACCAACUACAGUGGUGUCUAUUGUACUCAAAAUAUCGAUGAGUGUUUAGAAGGGACGCAUCAAUGUCAGAAUGGAGGAACAUGUGAAGAUCAACCUGGAUCUUACACUUGUAGAUGUAGCAAGGAGUAUACAGGAGACUAUUGUGAGGCUGAAGCAGCAAGACAAGUACAGCCAGUUCAAGUCAUCUUACCCUUAGCGAUUCUUGCCAUCAUACUAGCCUGUGUUCUUGUCUAUAUCUGGUGGUAUCUCAAGCAAUCACGCAAGAUGAAAGGAAAAUACAACCCAGCUAAGGCAGAGCUAGAUGGAGGUAUGCCAAUGGCUAUGUUUGAUUUAGAGACUGAUGAGAGACUAAUAUGAGGCAAGCUGUAGUCUUCAUUCCAGUCAAUACUUGAUAAAAAAGGAUGGAAUCUUUGCACGUAUCAAUGACUGCGGUCUGAUUAGGAGUCUGUAUGAGCGACUAACAUGAGGCAAGCUGUAGUCUUCAUUCCAGUCAAUACUGGAGAAAUAAGGAUGGAAUCUUUGCACGUAUCAAUGACUGCAGUCUGAUUAGGAGUCUGUAUGAGCGACUAACGAAAGAAUAAGUUGCCUUAGUUCAAGAAAACACCCAAGAAUUCUGAAAUUGAGUCUUCCUUUGUUCUUGGAGAUGGGACAGAUUGUUGAGGAAGAUUACCAAGUGGGUUUUUUUUAGCGGAGAGAGAAUUGAAUGGAACAAUGAUUAUAUCCCUGUCUUUCAUAACCAGUAAGUGCCGAUUAGCCUCGCAAAGAGCUUAUUACGUGUCACUUACGUUUCACUUGAAAUGCUGGAUUUUGAUAAAAAUUGUUUUGAAUGUUGGCUGAAAGCUUUGUCCAUGUUUGAUAAUUUGUAAUUAAAUGGCAAGAAGAAGAAACUAAAGCUUCUUAAAAGGCAAACAUCAAAUGUUUAACCACAUAUUUGUAAGAAGAAAAUUGGCUUCUUGUUGAUCUGUUAUUCCAUGAAAACAAGUUUUAAAUUUUAUCAUAAAAGGCCUCUGUCUCACAAGAUGAAAUUUCCUGGAAAAAUUGGUUGGCCUUUUCACAUUUUUAUUUAAAAAUGUGUCAUUAGCUACUCAUGCUCGGAAGUGUAGCAAGCAAGACAACCCCAGACAUGGUUGGGUUAAACGUGUCCAGGUAUUUUCAUAGAAUUGUCGUAUUGGUGUAAAUAGGGGUGUAGAGGGCUGGACCCAGUGUUUGGUGUGUUCCUUUAUAUUUUAUACAAAGUAUCUAUUGCUACGAUUUGUGCUGCUAUUUUUUACAGAGUGUUGCCCGUUUACUUUUAUGCCUUUACCUGGGCACAAUGUUAUGGCUCUGCUUGGCAGUAAAUUCUGAACUGGCAAUUGCCAUUGUUCACUUAAA